CCGUGGAAUACGCGGCUUCGGCCUUCCGGCCUUAGCGAGUUUGCCGAACGUUCUUCGCGUUUCUCAGUCACGGCUCCUUGCAUUGUCACAGUAGUUCAGCUAAAACCAAAACCUGGUACUGUAUCUGGUACGACGAAAAUGCUCUCAAAUCUUUUACUACCAAUACCACGUAGUACCAAAAGUAGAUGCCGAACCGGGUAUGACGAAAAGCAGAUACCAAACCUGGUGCUACCAAAACCCAGUGCCAAAUCAGGUACGACUAUGUACCAGGAACCGAACUAUAGUCCAGAACCAAAGGGAAUACCAAAACCCAGUGCCAAAUCGACUACUACCAAACCAGGUUUCAAACUAGGUACUUCCAAAACCUGGUGCCAGAACGGGAACUACCAAAACUAGGUGCUAAACUUGGUACUUCCCAAAAAAGGUGUCAGAUUAGGUACUACUACAACUACCAAAACCAGGUUCCAAAUCAGGUAGUGUAUGAAUCAAAAUGGAGGUGCCCAACUAGGUUCUCCCAAAACCAUAUGCCAGGUCAGCACGACUAGUUUUUUAAAAUCAAAAUCUUGCCCGUGCGAACCGUACAGACGUGCGCCCCGUCUACGGCGCCGGUCCUCCCUCCGCAAUUCCUCGCAUUCCUCCCGAGGCCGCAAGGAACGGCGAGUUUCAUUCCCGAGCGUCCAGGUUGCGAGGCGCUCGCGGCGCGGCCCCCCGCGCCGAGGCCUCUUUCAUUACUUCUGGUUUCUGGUCAUGUAAUCGGGUUUGACUCGGUACCGUGACGUCGGAACGGCGCAUCUGUACGGCGCCGCGUAUAAAGGGUCCGUUUGUUCGGGGCCCUGAGAGUUUGUGUUCAGCGGCAACAUGUGAUCUCGUCCGGACAAACCCGCCCCCCUCCGGCCCCGCUCUCCAGCGCUUUUGUUUUAUCUCGUCUCACUUCGUUCCGACAAAAGGGGAAUUCUGCCGGGACGCCGGCUUCAAUUAGCUGCGUUUGCCAUCUGGAGUUGAGCGCUGAAGAUGCCCACGUUUUAAUACAGCGGUUGCCCGACUGAUAUGAUAGUGUUUUCGUCCAAUUCAUCGACGAAUCAAACAACAUAAUCGACCGAUUAAUUGAUUAUUAAAACAAUUGUUAGUUCCAGCCCUAUAAAAUUCCAAUAACCGAUUCAUCGUCCCAUUCAUUUAAAAAAGGUAUAAUGAAUACAAUAACUUGUUCCAGUAAUUUAACUGUUUUAUAUUUUGUCUGGGCGGCACGGCUAGGUUAAUUGACAACUCUAAAUUGCCCGUAGGUGUGAAUGUGAGUGCGAAUGGUUGUUUGUUUGUAUGUGCCCUGCGAUUGGCUGGCAACCAGUCCAGGGUGUGUACCCCGCCUCCUGCCCGAUGACACCUGGGAUAGGCUCCGGCACGCCCGCAACAGCGUGAGGAGAAGCGGCUCGGGAAAUGGAUGGAUGGAUAUUUUGUCUUUUAGUAUUUGUUCAACUUUACCGCUAUGUGAAAAAUUGGCAAAAAAUUAUUAUUAUUUUUUGUUUGAAUGUCAAUAUCUUAGUCUCAUGUUUGAAUGGGCUUUGUGUAAAAGAAAAAAAAAAAAUUAUAAUAACCGGCCGAUUUUUAACGAUUUGAAAAGGGCUAUAUCGGUCGAUUGAAUCGGUCGGGUCCUAUUUGUUCUGUGACUAAGCUCGUAUCGCACUUUACUCGCGUACACAAUAUGGUGCCUUAAAAUACGAGUGACCCGAUUUAUGAGUUUUUCGAGAUGCGAGCAAUUAAAAGGUUUUCGAAAUGAGCAAUCGUUCGGACGAUAUCUUGCGGUAGCAAAAAACGCAAUUCAACUCACUUCACAACAAGCAGCAGUUUGGCAGAUCCUAGACAAUUCUUCAAAAAAGCUGUUUAUUGACCCUCAAACUAAAGAUAAAAAAAAAAAAAUAAGAAUUACACAUCUAUUUCAAACAACCACCCAUCUUUGCUUUAGAUAAAUUCGUUUAUCUCACUGCUAACGAAUAAUGCUAAACCCCACAGAUGUUGCUAAGGGGUAGUAUUCAUAAUAUGAACACAAACAAUGUAGACAAAUAACAAUACUCACAGGCAUAUAUUCUUUAUCCUCUGUAAGGAAUGACUAAUAUUACUGCAGCUUACUGAGGAGUUGUGACCAGCUCCGUGUAUUUCAGUAUGUUUGCAUUUUACUGCCUCCAGGUGGCCAAGGUGCGCACACCUGAAGGAGCGUCCCGAUGUCCAUUGAAUUAAAGAAAAACGUGAUCGACUUAGAGCCAGAGGGGAAGGUGUACGUAGUCAUUGAUCUGUCUGGAUCUUCCACUGAAGCCUCGGGAGCCAACGACAAUGAAGAGCGCGUCUUCCGGGAAAGGAUCGGCCCGCGGCGGCGCCAGGGCGCGGUGCGCCGGCGCGUCCAUCAAGUCAACGGGCACAAGUUCAUGGCCACCUACCUGCGGCAGCCCACGUACUGCUCGCACUGCAGAGACUUUAUCUGGGGCGUCCUGGGCAAGCAAGGCUACCAGUGUCAAGUGUGCACGUGCGUCGUCCACAAGCGCUGCCACGAGCUCAUCAUCACCAAGUGCGCCGGCAUGAAGAAGCAGGAGGACACCCCGGAGGAGGUGGGUUCGCAGCGGUUCAGCGUCAACAUGCCGCACAAGUUCAGCAUCCACAACUACAAGGUGCCCACCUUCUGCGACCACUGCGGCUCCCUGCUGUGGGGCCUCUUGAGGCAGGGCCUGCAGUGCAAGGUGUGUAAGAUGAACGUGCACAGGCGCUGCGAGAAAAACGUGGCCCCCAACUGCGGCGUGGACGCCCGAGGCAUCGCCAAGGUCCUGUCCGACCUGGGAGUCACGCCAGACAAGAUCUCCAACACGGCGCAGCGUCGCAGGAAGUUGACGCCCGGGCACGACCCUCCCCAAUCUCCUCCGGAGCUCUCGCAGACGGAGAACAGCUUCAGCCAGCCGGCUGUCCCCGCCUCGCCCUCCCAGCAGGACUUGGCGGAGUUGGAUCGCCUGCAGGACGCACUUUCGCUGGACCAGCAGGGACCCCAGCACUCCUCGUCGUCCUCCUCGUCGUCCUCCUCGGCCACCUCCGCCACCUCGUUGUCCGCCGCCUUCUCGUCGGGGGGCCGCGAGAACGGACAGAGCCAGAGGAGGACCCUCAAGGACUUCAACUUGAUCAAGGUUCUCGGCAAAGGCAGCUUCGGCAAGGUGAUGCUGGCCGAGCUGAAGGGCACGGAGGAGGUGUACGCCGUCAAGGUCCUGAAGAAGGACGUCAUCCUCCAAGACGACGACGUGGACUGCACCAUGACGGAGAAGCGCAUCCUGGCUCUGGCCCGCCGACACCCCUACCUCACGCAGCUCUACUGCUGCUUCCAGACUCGAGACCGCUUGUUCUUCGUCAUGGAGUACGUCAACGGAGGCGACCUGAUGUUCCAGAUUCAGCGCUCGCGCAAGUUCGACGAGCCGCGCUCGCGCUUCUACGCCGCCGAGGUCACGUCGGCGCUCAUGUUCCUGCACCGCAACGGCGUCAUCUACAGGGACCUGAAGCUGGACAACAUCCUGCUGGACGCCGAGGGCCACUGCAAGCUGGCCGACUUCGGCAUGUGCAAAGAGGGCAUCGUGAACGGCGUGACCACCACCACCUUCUGCGGCACGCCCGACUACAUCGCCCCCGAGAUCCUGCAGGAGCUGGAGUACGGCGCCUCGGUGGACUGGUGGGCGCUGGGGGUGCUGAUGUACGAGAUGAUGGCGGGCCAGCCGCCGUUCGAGGCCGACAACGAGGACGACCUGUUCGAGUCCAUCCUCCACGACGACGUUCUCUACCCCGUGUGGCUCAGCAAGGAGGCCGUGUCCAUCCUGCGAGCGUUCAUGACCAAGAACCCGGCCAAGCGUCUGGGCUGCGUGGCGAGCCAAGGCUGCGAGGAAGCCAUCAAAACGCACCCCUUCUUCCGGGAGAUCGACUGGCUGCUGCUGGAACAGAGGAAAGUGCGACCCCCCUUCAAGCCACGCAUUAAAACCAAACGCGACGUGAACAACUUCGACCAGGACUUCACCAAGGAGGACCCCGUGCUCACGCCCACCGACGAGACCAUCAUCCGGCAGAUCAACCAGGAGGAGUUCAAGGACUUCUCCUACUGCGCCCCCGAGGAGACGCACACCUAACACACAUACACAUAAACACAUACACGCUCGCACUCCUUUACUUUUUGACGCUAUUCUUACUUUACACGCGUUGUCGUCGUCGUUCUUAAUGUUGUUGCCUGGAUUUUACGAUGAAUAUGCACACUCGCUUUAAAACACUUUUACACGCAUACGGUGCAUGCGGAAAGUAUUGACAGUGCUUGACUUCUUCCACAUUUUAUGUUACAGCCUUGUUCCAAACUAAGUGAAAUUCUCUACUGACAAUGUAAGAAAAAGAUUUUCAAUAUGAUGUCACAAGCUUGGCACAUCUUUGGUCAGUUUGGAUUGUUCUCCAUCCAAGAAAUGUUAUUCCAAAAGUGAAGUGCUUGUGAGUGCAUCCGGAAAGUAUUUCAAAAGCUUCACUUUCGGUGCCUUGAGUUUAUUCCUUUGUCCCUCUUAAAAAGAAUGGAUAUGCCUUUAUUCAGUUCCGGCGCCCCAGAAAACUUUUUUUUGUCAUUUGUUUUUAAUAAGAAAAACCAGCACGUGACAAGAAUUUUAUUUUAUCAAAACAUAUGGGAAUAAUUAAAUAGAAGUGAAUAGUUUGCACCUCCUGAUAGUUCAAUGGGCAUUGUGCUGCGCCUUCUGGUGUGCGCUGUGACCACCAGGGGGCAGUAUAAUACAGACAUAUUACACAGAUAUGAUGAGACGCAAGACCGUCGCAACUAAACUGAAAUUAUAGGAGUCAUUUUUUUGCCGAGGAUAAAGAAUAUAUGCAUUUGAGUAUUGUGUUGCUACCGUUUGUGUUCAAAUAUAAGCCGCUUAAUGGUUUCUACGGUGGAGACCCGCAUAUUUGCGGGUUUGCAUUUCCUUUCUCCUGCAGUUCACAGAAACCCCUGCUUUUUCACUUUUUCCUUUUUAUAACCAGAUCCACCUUUUAAGAAAUAUUUUUUUAAUGGUAAUUAUAAGGGAGCGUCUAUUAUUCGCAGAUUUUUUUAACUGUAAAUCGCCAAUGCUAUUUUCGUUAGCCCGUCUACGCUGUUUUACAUUAGCGGACUUUCGUAAGACAAAGUUAAUGUGGUUUAAUUUCAACUUCAACUGGGAGUGGCAACUAACAGCUUGAAGCCUCUUUUUUGAAGAAUUGCUUACAAUCUGCAAAACUGCUGCUCGUUGUCGAGUCACCGUCUAGUGCUUGGAGCUAAAAAAAAACAACGUGCUUGCAAUUCAAGACCCCCCCCCCCCCCCCCCCCCCAAAAAAAUAAAUCGACCCAGCGAUGGCUCAUAUCUCGAAGAACUUAAGAAUGAGGCUAUAACGUAACAGUGGAAAAAAAAUAAGUGCUUUGAAUACUUGUCAGAUGCACUGUAUAUGUAUAUAUAUGUGUAUAUAUAUAUAUAUAUAUAUAUAUAUAUAUAUAUAUGCACACACACAUAUGCCCACACACGGCUUCUUCCUCGCAAUGGACCGCCUGUAUACUGUAUAUAUAAAUCCAUAUAUUAGCCUGUGUCGCGUGACUGUAUUGUGUCGCUGUCGUCCGCAAGCUUGUGACGCAUGGACAAACACCCCCCAACCACCCGAAAGUACCCCCAUUGUCUUUUAACGGCCCUCAUUGUGGACUAGUUCGGGCCCUGAAUACCCCUGUUUUGUGCAAUAUACCCCCCCCCCCAUCAUAUCUCUGUAUAAGAUAUAUUUUAUGGCUUUAAUUUUUAUUUUUUUUUUAUCAUUCUCGAUUGGUAUGAUUGACGCUCGUGUCCAUCCUAUGAAUGUGUAGCUUACUCACAGGCUAUUGAACUAAUUACGACAAGCCGCCGUUUUGUCCUGAAUGUACAUUUUGACUCGUGUGCGUGCGCGCGAGUGUCUGCGCGUGCAAGCGUUUCCACGGUUACCAGCAGUGUUUCUCCCGCAGCCAAACUGCUUGCUUUACUUUUUCUUUUAUUUCUUUUUUAAAUUCUAAUAAUUAUUAUUAUUGUAAAGUGUAUUAUCGGGAGGACGUUUGUGUAUAUUACUUAUAACUAUACUAUUGUAGGUCUGUUACAGUUUGAGUGAGAGGACCAGCAGUUGAAUUACCUCACAUUUACAACACAGACACAGACGCGCACACCCAGGCAGUGCAUCUGGAAAGUAUUCACAGCGCUUCACUUGUUGUUGUUUUUUGUUUUGUUUGUUUUUUAAACAAAUGCCAUGGGCAUAAGUAUUCACAGUGUUUUUAAAUAUGAUACCACAAGCUUGAUCAAGCUUAAUCUCAUGUCGUUUCCUAUCCAGGAACUGUUCACAUCCAAAAAGUGAAGCGGCGUAAAUACUUUCCGCGUGCAAAGUAUUUACAGUGCUUUGCUUUUUCAACAUUUUAUUUGUUUUUAAAUACCACAAGCUUAGAACACCUCCCAUUACAUAUUGGGGGAAAAGGCUGUAACAAAAUGUGAAAAAGGUGAAGCACUGUGAAUACAGAAGCACUGUAUGCAUGUACGCACCCAGUGUUGGUCCUAGCUUGAAUGGCACUUUGUGCAAGACACCCCCCACCCCUUUUUUUUUUUUUUUUUUUUUUUUUUUGGCGCCCCCACACUGGAGUGGACCUUAUGUCCCUACAUCUCUUUUCUACAGAGAGCCACUCCCAAUACAAACGCCCUUUGUAGUGGCACAUACUGCACAUGCCAGAAAUCACCACUGCGCGCACACAGAUGAAAAACACUGGAGUGGACCUUAUGUACUUACAUCUCUCUGCAAGAGGGCGCAACUCUCCAACACAAACAGCAACCAUUAACGUACACAAUAGAAUUUCACGUAGCAAUGCCGACCCGUAGGGCCCCACGUAAUGCACAUGCCAGAAAUGGACACACACACACGCACGCACACAGAAGUACUGUUGCGUGCACUGUUAGAGGUGUUGGGGUGGUGGGGGUGUAUGUAUGUACGUGUGUGUGUGUGUGUGUAGUGAAGCUUCGCACAAUCCAGGGGUUAGCCUGAUCCCUGUCACACUAUCUUACUUUGUGCCAAAAAAAAAAAAAAAAAACAGAAAACAAA